AUGAGACCGGCUUGUAUAUUAUCACUGGCUUUACUCAGUUUCAGUACUUAUUCCAAUGCAUCUCCAGCGACUUUCAAACACAAAGAAACGAUACACGAAGCAGCUGCACAUGUCAAACAUCUCGUUCGGACCGUAACGACGGGUACUAUGGCCAGUGUCUUUCCCGAGGGCUUGCAUGAAGGUCGACCGUUCGCUUUGAUGGAGUAUCACGCUCCAUGUCAUCCAACACCAUCUUUAACCUUCCUCCUCUUACCCAUCUCGAUGAGCGUCAAGAACAUACUUUCUAAUGAAAAACAUCAGGCAACGUAUACCCUACAAGAUCAUAUCUCAAGCAAAUCCGCUAUGUCACGAGGAAGAGUAGCUUUUAUCGGUAAUAUGACUCUUCUUCCUGAUCUCAUGUAUGAAGAAAGAAAACAAUUAACGAAAUGUUAUUUAUCUUAUCAUCCUGAUGCUAAACGUUGGCUACCCGAUGCUAAAGAUCCACCUCAUUUGGCUAUGUGGGCAAGGUUGGAUGUGGAGGAUAUAUAUUACGUAGGGGGAUUUGGAGAUUCUCAUUAUAUUGGGUUCAUACCUGUUGAUCUAUACUCGGAAACUGGGUUCGGUUGGGGGUUGGAUCUACAAUAG